AUGGCGAACUCCUACACGCUCCUUACUGAUUUGAAGGCCGGCCGGUGCUCAAACACGGCAGAGGUUCGACUUCUUCGGCUUUGGGAGGCGAGAAACGGCAGCAGAAACAGCAGACGUUCAGGGGAACUCAUGAGCAUUGACAUGUUGUUUGUCGAUGAAAAUACGACGAUGAUGCAAGCAACCAUUGUUGCGGCUCGACAGCGGCGAUUCCGGCAGUUCCUAAAAGAAGGUUCUGUCUACAGCCUAACUGGAUUUGAUGUGGCUCGCAGCAACACAAAAUACCGUCUUUCUGAUGCGGCCAUCUCAAUACGGUUCAAUGAUGGAACUCUGUUAGCGAAGAUUGAGUCCACCGACCGAACCAUACCAAUGGAGAUUUUUCGAUUUCGACCCUACAACACCAUACUUGGGUUAGGCAACCGUGGUGAAGAUCUCCCAGGUUGA